AUGUUACAGUUAAGAAUAGUUAACUCAAAAAAAGGUUACCGUCAAGAUCAUGGUAGCCAAGUUGCUAUAAACUUGAACACACUAAAUUCACCUUCGAAAAGAUUACCACAAAAUUCGUGGUUCUCAGUUAAAGCAAAUAGUCUCCUCGCAUUCAAAAGCUACUUCAUGGCAAAAAAAAUACCAAGAAGUGUUAAUGGAAAAUGGCAAAACCG